GGAAGUAAAAAUGGUCUUUACACCUUGGAGCUGAAAGCUAGCGUCCGCAGGAUUGUCCUCUGUUAACCUACAUUAGUUUGUAGUUUAAUGGUUGAACCAACAUGACGGGCGCGGAUAUUGUUCAUGAGAAGAUCCACUACAGACACGACCCGAAGUGGAGCGGCCGCCUGGGGCCUGCGGAGGGCGGCGGGCUGCUGCUCUGUGUGGCCUGUGUCAUUGAGAUGAUCGAGAGCGACGAUAUAGCGUCGGUGAGGAAGUCGUUUGCCCUGUCUGGUAUCAGCGGGGUGCUGAAGUGUUCUCCGGGGGCCUUGAGAGAGCUGCUCCGGCAGGACCACAGAGUCUCUCUGCGAUUCACAGCUUCUCUGCUGGGGAUGCUUCACACCGUGAAGGACCAAGACACUCUGGAAAAGGUUGACCAAGUGCUGGUUCAGCUGCUUCUGGAGCUCCAGAAUGAGCUGUCACUUCGCUUUGUUUUGGAUGAGAUACACAAACAGCUCAGUGACCAGCCCAGUGGGAAGGGUUUCCUGCCCACCUUCAACUUCUUGGGGAGCCUAGUGGAAGCAGUCCCUGACGUGGCCCAUAGUCUGGUGACUCAGUACGUGCCCAUGCUGGAGCACCUGUGCUCAGCCUUGCUUUACCCAGAUGAGGCGCUGAAGGCUUCGGUCCUGUAUGUGUGGCUCAAACUGUUCGGGACAGCUGGGGGCUCGGCAGCCCAGUCUUUGCCCACUGCCAUCAGGGACAGACUGUGCAUCCUGCUGCUGCAGACGUUGGCCAAUGCCAGCUCCACCCAACUCAUCAACAACUGUGUUGGCCUGCUGUGGCUGCUGGUGCAGCAGGGAGAGGCAGUGUCAGUUCUGAUGAACAGCCCCAGCAAUCAGAUCGUGUGCAGUGACAACCAGAACAGCCUCACCAACAACAGCCAGAGCCUCAGCCAAAACCAAGAGCAACAGUCCACUGACCAUUGCCCUCUGCCUCUCAUCCUGAAAAAGUUGCUGCUGAGUGGCGAUGAGAUGUUGCAGACUAUCAGCGCGAAGUGUAUUGCUGCUGUCCUGGUUCAUUCUCCCAGUCAGUGCAGCGGCCCCUUCAUCAAGGCUGACGUACCUGAGUUUCUCUUCGACCGUCUGGCCAGUAGUAGUAGUGAGGUGCUGCUGUGGUCUGUCUACAGCUGUUUGGUGUUGCUUACUGAGGACCCGCUCUUCUUCGCCCAGUGUCACUCUGUCUAUGGUAUUGAAUCCCUGGUGCGCAGCCUGAAGGAGGCUUUGCGGCUGACCAACCUGGAAGUGCCGAAACAAGGUCUGCUGCUUCUCACUGAGAUACUGGAAAGGCAGCCCCCAGGCGUGCGUCUGUUCCCCAGUGCCCCAGGGUUUGUGGCGGUUUCAGAGGCCGUGGUAGCUGGAGUCUCCUCCUCCUGCCUGCUGGUUGCCACACAGGCUGCCAACGCUGCCACUGCCCUGUUCAGCCUGAACCACCAGUCCAGACCAGUCCAGUACAGGGAGAUAGAGGGAUUGAUAGAAGCCAUCACUAACAGAUUCUCUGAGCUGCCACUACCUUCUUCUGCUCAUCAUCAUCGAAGCUCUGGCAGUCUGAAGAGGUCAGACCACAGUAGUCAAGCUUCAAGGUCCGAAGGAUUUCUGCUCCAGGCGCUGGUCUGUUUUCAGGCUGCCUGCAGGUUGGCUGAGGAGUGUGCAUCAGAGCCUCUUCUGAAGGAGAACACGUUCACAGCUCCAUCUAAACAUGGCCAUGCUCAGGACUCACUGGAGUCUCUGUGUCAGUGUCUGCUGCGCUGCUGUGACUCCGUCUGGAUACCCACUGUCAUUAGGAUGUGUGAGCGUGCACCCAACGCUCAAAUACUGCAGCACUUCUACUCCAUCCUGUCCUCCCAGUUCACCCUCGUUCCGUCCCUCAUGCCUGUCUUUGCAAAUAAGCUAGGAACCCAAAUCUGAAUGCAUCUGCCUGUGGUUUUCUACAGAAACUCAGUAUGUGUCUGCUUUCCCAGUCAGACCCUGCUUAUGCGGUCUUCCAGCACGAUGUUGAGGAGGUGGAAAAUCUUCUGCUAUACAACCUUCCUUCUCUGUGUUGUCGUCUGUCUGACUGGCCCUCUCUACUGUGUGAGGCCCCGGGACUCCAACUGUGUGAAAAUAAAGGACCAAGGGCCACUCAGUACUGUCUCCUGAUAUUGUUACAUAUUGUCCUACAGCAAGGAGACAGGCUCCUCCCAGACCAGACAGUGUUCUCCAGUGUGGUGUGGCUGUUGCGCUCGGUGCAGGAGCAGGGCGGCUGUGCCCUGCCUCGCUCUGUGCUCCGCUCUGCCCUCUACCUGCUGGCAGUGACACAAGACAAGAGCCCCAACCUCGACGGGGCUCAUUUUAACUGCAUCAGCAAGGCACUCUCCUCCUGCCAAAGCUUCCCGUCCCUCUACAUUCACCACCCUGCACUCCUCCACUUCAUCUGUCGCUAUCCGGAGCUAGCAGAGAAAUUUGGGCCCCUGGUCUUGGAACUUUGGUUGACCAAACAAGCACAGCACACAGACACAGAGCACAACAUGGCAGACAUACAAGAGAAGGUAGAAAGCUGUGCAGAUGAGAGGCAGGAUCAGGAACCGGACACAGAAACUAUGGAGCUACUGACUCUGAUAGAGAAGUACCCAGCUGUCAUACUGACCCUCCUGGACAUGGUCUGCACCAGGGAGGCCCCCCUGGCAGAGCGGGCACUCAGGGUGCUGGAGGUUCUCUUGCGUGGUCAGAAAGACUAUGAGGCAGAUUUGUGUGCCAAUCUUAGGCCAGCUCUGCUCCAGGCUUUACAGAGGCUCAGUAUGGAGAACUUGGGCCCCGGGUUUGGACAGGGACACACUGCACAGGCGGUGAACUCACUCCCUCUGCUGCUGAAGCUGCUCUGUGAGACGCAGGCCAGCGACCCGCCUUCAUCUUCCUCCUACAGUAAGAUGGACGGAGUGCACUUCAAGCUGCUCUACCAUGUGAGUAAUAUAGCAGGGAGGUUGAAGCCUACCAACACAGAGAGCCUGCUUCCUGCCCUCAGCUACCUGUACUGCUGCCUAAGUCUGUCCCCUGCACACUGCACUGACAGAGCUGUCUCCAUGCUGCUCUCCAACAGUGGACUGAUGGACCAGCUGCAGACAGUCCUUUCUUCCUCCUCCUCCUCCUCCUCUUCUGCUCCAGCCUGUCCUCCUUCAGCACUGCUGUGCUGCAGCCAUCUACUCCUGUCCUCCCUCAUUACCUUGCAGCGCAUUCACUCCGCUCAGGUCCACAAGAGCAUCAGUUGGAGUCUGGACACAGUGGUGCAGCGACUCCUUGUUCAGAAAAGAAACACAGACAGUCUCUUGCUAGUCAGCUACUUGAGGUUGCUGCAGGCUCUACUUGAUGUUGACCUGGCAUCAGCAGUGGUGUGUGUGAGCACUGGUCCUGGCUUGGUCGGGCCCAGACCCCUGGGGGUCGAAGACGGCGCUUUGUACCCGCUCGGCUGCAGAGGGGCCCAGUUCCUCUCAACUGCUCUCAGUGGACUUCUUUUGCAGAAGCACGAGUUGCUGCUGAGAGCCUCAGUCAACUGUCUAAGCUCCCUGCUGGGCUUCCUUCAGAGGAAGUGUCCCUCUACAGCAAAGUACAUGGUGUGUCAGCCAUGGAGCCGAUUCCUCAUCUACUGCCUGCUCAGCUCAGGAGAGAGCUGCCUUCUGCACCCUGCCAUUCUCAGAGUCAUCACGCUUCUCCUGCAGCACGGCAGUACAGCCGUGCUGUGGCAGCCUGACCUGCUCCAGGUGAUGGAGGCGGUGGAGAGGAGGGGGCUGAAGGAGCUCAGUGAAGAAGCAGCACAGGCCCUCAGGCUGCUCCUCACACAGAUCCAGAGCAGUGUCCUGCAGCCACCACCCACAGAGGAGCACAAUCAGCGAGUGAGGAGUAUGAUGGAGUCCCUCGUCCUACAGACGCCAGCCGAGAGCUGCAGCCCCAGUCUGCCCAGGGCCGUCCUGCGUGUAGGAGAUGUGCCCAUCUGUCUGUCGGACUUUACAGCAGGCUGACGUUCCGGCAAACUGGCGUUAUUAUGGCUGAUGUUGCUGUGCCAUAAAUUUGCCCGUUUGUCUGUUCAUUGUUUGUUUAUUGUUACAUUUCUUGAAUUCCUAUGUACCUAGUGUGUUUUCCGUUCUGCUCCUAAAGGACACAGUCAGACAUAGGACCUCACUUUCAUUUUUGUAUUGAUAUGUUGAAUUUCACAACAGUGGUGUGAUAGAAGUUGAAACCUACCGUUAGUGUAGUCGUUUAAUAUUGGCCUCGUCUUUUUUUAUGGAUUCUGUAACAGGGCUCAUUUCAAGCAAAUUAAA